CUGCAAAAUUGUGGAGUCCUGGAUUGAGGUGGUGGCAUUCCUUGAAAGCGCUUUGAACAUUGUGCAGCAACAAACGUUCCUUUUUGCAUAAGUUGCGAGAGGCGUAUGGGAGCGAAUUUGCACUGGUAGAGAGAGCUCAGUAGGAGGGCCAAAGGCUGUUCUGAGAGCCUACUAAGGUUUUGGUUGUUUCAGUUGUGGGGUGUAAUGAGGCUUUGAAACUCGUCAACAAUGCAGCCGUUCAACAAUCCGGCGGGGCAGCAGAGUGCUGCUUACGGCCAGAUGUACAAUUCCGCUGGGUUUCCGCAGCAGCAAUGGAAUCAACCAUAUCAAGGCACCCAGCCAAGCUCGACAAUGCAAAACCAGAGCCAGCAAGGGGCUGCCCAGCCCGUCUACAAAAGCUUCCCGGGCUACGGAGGCUCAGUCGCUCCUUCCUCUCAAGACGCCUCCAAACAGGCAGUGUUCGCCCCUCCCUAUGCGACACAAUCCCAGUCUGGUCAACAAGGGCAGCAACCGGGCCCAACUCAGCAAGCUCCCGGCUUCGGCACUGUUCAGAACCCUCGGACUUCUCAAAAUCCUCAAAGCUUUCAAACUCCCCAAAGCUUUCAGAACCCCACCACUUUCCAGAAUCCUCAGGCCCGUCAGCAAAGUCAGAGCGCUCCCGUCCCUGUGAACCGGCCAAGUGGGCAGUCUGUGUACGAACUUUACAACCCGCAGUCAGGCCAACCGUCUAACGCCGUGCCGAACCCUCAGUCGCAACCAGCCAAAGGGCAGGGGAAUGCAGCUGCGGCGCAGAAUGACCUCCCCCCGUGGACUCCUGAUUGGAGCCCGCCGCAGGCGUCAAGCAAGCCGACCGAGCCCUCAGGAGCGCAGCCCACUGCGCACACUGGGGGACAGCUGGCGGGCCAAUCCGGCGGCCUGUUCGAGGGCCAGGCUAGUGGCCAGUUUGGGGGCCAGAUCGGUGCGCAGUUUGGAGGGCAGGCCCGUGGGCAGACUGGGGGUCAGUUUGGAGGGCAGUCCAACGCUGGACAGAUUUUUGUGCAGCCAGCUGGCGGAAUGGGAGGACAGUCUGGCGGGCAGGCGGGCGUUGGGGCAGUGGGACAGAGCACCAACCAGUCGACUGGCCAAUUUCCUCAGAUGGGGAGCAGAGGUGGGCAGGUUGUUGGGCAGUCAGGGGCGCAAUCCAACGGGCAGUGGGGGGGGCAAGCCUGGGGCCAAGGAGUUGGCCAAGCUAGUGACAACUCGGGUCGGCAAGUGAGAACUGGGGACCAGUCAUUUGGGACUGAACGGCGGCAACAAGGAGUGCCUUUUGGCGGGUCGCAAUUGAAGGGGCAAGCGGGGGGUCAGCAGAACCUGCAGAGUGCGACUCAGUCCUCUGUGGGGGCGCAGCUGGGCUCACAGAGCGGCGGGGCUUCAGUUGGGCAGUCUGGUGGGCCGACGGCUGGCCAUUACGGCCACUUCGGGGGGCAAACACAAAGUAGUGGGGGCGCCCAAGCGGGGGCGCAGCCUGGGAUGCAAAGGAGCGGGCAACAAGGGGGCCAGUCUGGGGGCCAGUCUGGUGCGCAGUUUGGUGGGCGAUAUGGCGGGCAGUCGAGUGGGCAGGCGGCAGGACAGUCCAGUGGGCAGUUUGCGUGGCUGUCGGGCUUGGGUGGCCAAUCAGCGGGACAGCCAAGUCAAGCUCAAGGAGGAGCAUUUGGGCAGCAGUCCAGCGGGCAGUCGACCGGUAGUGGACGUUUGGGUGGUCCAACCACCGAGCAGCUGGGGGGGCAAGGGGCGGGACAAGCUGUGGGGCAAGCUGGGGGAAGAGAAGCGCAGUACAACGAGCAGACUGGAGCCCAGACUUUUCAAGGUGGGGGGCAAAGUUUGCCGCAGAGGGGGGGCCAGCCUGGCGGGCAGUUUGGUGGGCAGUCUGUAGCGCACGCAGGGGCGCAGUCGAGCAGAGCGCUUGGUCCUCAACCAACUGGACAGAUGACCAGUCAGUCUUAUGGUGCCUCCAAUCCCCAGCAGUCAAUACCUGUGCAGAGUUAUGGGCAGGGGUCCGCUCAGCAAAGUGGGGUGCAGUCCUGGCAGCAAUCCAAUCCUCCGUCUGGCCAGCGAGAGCAAAGAGGCGGGAAGUUCGUACAACCCGAGUCGCCGCUUUCGCCUGCACAUCCUCCGGGGUACUCUCCUCGCGUGCCGCAAGGAGGUUUGAGCUCGGGGGGAAACGGGGGACAGGCACGGUUCCAGGGGGGUUACGCAGGACCGCAGGCUCAGCAGUUUGGUGGUGGGUCAUCUGCAGGGCCCUCUGGGGGGAAGCCGACUCAUCAGCAGUUGGAGGUUGCUCGGGAGCAGCCCGGGGGGGCGUAUGGGCACCCAGCGACUGCUUAUGGGCAGGCGGGAGCAACACAUGGGCAGCCGGGGGCCGCUUCUGGUGAGCAGGGGAGCACUUAUGGGCAGCCGGGGGGCACUCAGGGGCCGCAGGGGAGCACUUAUGGGCCAUCGGGGGCAGGGGGCGCUCAGGGACAGCAGGGGAGCACUUACGGGCGGCCAGGAAACACUUAUGGGCAGUCAGAGAGUGCUCAAGCGCAGCCAAAGAAACCCAAGUUUUCGAGAGCGGAUGCGUCUCCCAAGAUACCUUUGCUAAGUGCGUCGGAGCUCGAAGGCCUGCACAAGUUUGUGGAGUUUGGGGAGAAGGUGCUACAGCAGGUAGGGAGUGCUCCGCCAGUUGUCAGUCGGCAGUCGCCAGCUGUUAGCAGACCGUCGCCAGCUGUUAGUGGGCAGCCGGCAGCUGUCAAUCAACCCCUGCAGGCCGAGAGCGCACAUCAGGGGGGCGAGGCCAUUGUUAGAAACAUGCCUGAGGCAUCAAGGUGGGCAUUUGGGAUGCAGGCCCCUCGGUCAAUGGCUGUGAAGGCUGAAGAUAAGCCGGAAAUUCAACCGUCAUUUGGGGGAAAUGUCCCAGCCGGAGAGACCCCCGCACGCGAGGGAGAAACGCAGACAGGGCCUGGGCAACAACCGGGGGCGCAGGUUCAGCAAUUGACGGCGCAGGCACAAGCGGCAUUCCCGAACCCGUAUGCCAUGUUUGAGCGGAAGUCGGGUCCUGCGGUUAGCGCAGACCUGCCCCACGUGUCGCCGCAACAGCCUGGAACAAUAGGCGCGAACGUGCUCAAAGCAACGGAGAAAACGGGCACGCAUGAGGGUCAGAAAGCGUUCGGUGUUCAGCAAAGUGGUCAGGGUCAACCAAACCCGCAGCAGGGUUUGGCGACAGCUGUAAACCCCCAGCAAGCGUCUGGACGCGGUCAGCAGGCCAUGCAGAGGGGUCAGAAUCAGCAGCCAAACUUUCCUGCCCAAGCCAACCAAGGUCAGUUCAUGCAGCAGGGGCAGGCUCAGCAGCAAUUCGGUGUCCAAUCGGGUCAGCUGCAACAAGGGAGCACUAACCAACCUCAAUUCCGACAACCCAGUCCAAAUUCCCAGGCCCAAUUCACGCAGCCCAGUCCAAACCCCCAUGCGCAGUUCCAGCAACAGCUGUUGGCGGGCCAGAUGAACCAACCGCAGGCUCUGCCCUCGGGACAGCUGCACCAGCCCCAGAUGCAACUGGGCGCCCAGAUAAUCAAUCCUGGUUUCCAGCAACCCAGUCCCCAACCUGGCGCCCAGUUCAACCAGCUUCUCCAACAGCAGCAGGCGAAUCAGAGCCCCUUCCAACAGCAGUUCUCCGCCCUGCCAACCGCCUUCCAGCAGCAAGGCGCGCAGGGGUUCCAAAACCAAGCGGCGGGCCAGCGACAGUUUGCAGCCCCAAGCUUUGUGAGCCAGGCACAAGCGGCGCCCCAGGGGCUUCAAAACCAGGGGUCCGGGCAGCAGCAGUUUGGCGUCCCGGCUUUUGGGAGCCAGCCGCAGAUGACGCCUCAAAAUUCGGGGUCAGGGCAGCAGCAGUUUGGGAGUGGGGGCUUUGGGGUCCCGCCGGCGCAGAGUGACGCGGAGAGGAGGCGGCAGCAGGCAAUGGCGAUCUUGGCGCAGCAGGAGAAAGAGCUCCAGGAGAAGAGGAGCCAGCAGGGGCGGCAAAAGGCGCAGCCAACCAUGCUGCAAAGCCCCACGAAGCAGAACACCUCCCUUACCCCACUCCAACAGUUGGCCGCCCUCAGGAAACUGGAGGAGGAUAAGCAGAGACGCUCCCAACAGGGGGGUCAGCCGGCCCAGCUGCCAAGCCCUGCCGCACGCCCCCCCCAAGGACAGCCGCAGCCUCUCAUCGCCUCCCCCGCUCCAAACCUUCCGCCGCAAAUGCAGCCUUUUCCGGCGCAGACGCAGCAGGCUUUCGGGGGCCAGCCAAUGGGGACCCGCCAGCUGGCAUUGGGUCAAAACGCUCCGGGGCAGGUUGGGGUUACCGGGCUGGUGGGUCAACAGUUUCAGGGAGGGAUCCCUGGCAAGUCGGGUGCGCAGCAGCAAACGAGCGGUGGGCAGGGUUUUGGACCAGUCCAAAGUUUCGGACAGGGCCAAGUUUUCGGAGAGAAUCAGGCCUUCGGUCAGGGGGGGACAAAUGGGCAGGGGCAAGCUGGCAUUCCGGGCCAGGGUUUGGCGCAAGCAUCCGGGUUUGGACAAGGGCAAGCGUUCGGGCAAGGGCAGGGUCAAGGCCAGGGUUUCACACAAGGUCAGGGUUUCGGACAGGGGCAAAUCCAAAACCAGGGUUUUGGACAGGGUCAGAGUUUUGGACAGGCGCAGAUGGGCGGACAGGCGCCAUUCUUUGUGCAGCAGGCGCGGCCGGGCUUCCAGCCUCAACUUGGUGGAACGCCCCAAGUGCAACCGGGGCAGGUUAUGGGUCAGCAAGCCGGCCCCAACCAGGGGGUUAUGCAGGGCCACGCAGGAGCCAGCUUUCCUAACCAACCCCCAACCCAAGUAAACCUUCACAGCAGCCAAGCUAGCGGCGGUGUUGGGAUCAGGCCCAGGAUGCCGACUGGCGGAGGUUUUGGGAUGGCCCCUCGGGCGGGUUUAGUUAACCCGCCCGGGUUAAGCGGCCGCCCGGGGAUGAUCCCCGGGGGCCAGCCGCGGGGCCAGGGCCCAACGCCCCGGGGGGCUUUCCAGGCCCAGGGCCGACCCCCCCAGCAGGGGGUGAAGAGGCCCCUAGUUCAAGACGGCGGGCCGGGGAAGGGCCCGACACUGCGGUGCGACCCGUGCGAGAAGGAGUUUUCGGGGCAGGACGGGUACAACGCGCACAUGGUGGCGCACGAGAAGUGCUCCGAACCGGGAUGCGGGUUUGAAGCGUCUGGGAAGGUCCUGAAAGAGCACAAGCUGAGCGCGCACCAGGCCGGCAACAAGCUGGGGCGCGCGCGCGCCGCGGCCACCGCAAACGCCAACGAGACCGAGGAGGACGUUAGGAAGUGGCGCGAGGAGCGACGGAAGCACUACCCGACGGAGGGCAACGUCCAGAAAAAGGCAGAGGAGGCGGCGGCCCGGCGCGCCCGCGGCGAGCUGGAGGACCUAGACGGCGCCGCGCGGCGCGCGCGGCUGCGCGAGAUCCUCCAACAGCAGCGCGCUCUGGGGGUCGUGGGGUCGGAAACCGAGGCCGCGGCGAUGCUCGACGGGGGGAAGCGGCAGGCGGUGGAGGGCCCGGGGGGGCGCCCCGAGCGCGGGGUGUGCUUCUUUUUCCUGAAGGGGCACUGUAGGAAGGGGCGGCGGUGCCAGUUUUUGCAUCAGAGGACGCCCCGGGGAGAGCGGGGACCCGGAGGACCCGGAAACGACCGGCGACGACAGAAUCAAGUGGCAAAACGAGCACCGACUCUGCUCGAGAAACUCUUGGCGCCGGAGAUUCGGAAGGACAAGAGCCACCUCCUCCAGAGCUUCCGCUUCAUGGUGAACAACAACUUCUUCCUCGAGUGGCCCCAGCAGCCGCUUAAAUAUUUCGAGUGGCAGUCAAGCGACGAACUAGAGGAGGGUGGGGAUACUGGCGCAGAGGGAGCGCCCGAGGCGUUAGUUCAUGAUGGGAAAGCAGAGGGAGAGGGAACGCUAGAUGAGGAGGAGGAGGAUGGUAGCGACUAUGAGUCUGCGGGCGAGGAUGACGAAGAGGCUGCGCUAGAAGUAAUGCUAGGGUGAGUAGCUCUGAGGAGGGUUUAGAAGGCUAGUAGCAGGUAUCUGUAGAUGAACGAGCAUGGGUGUUUUGAAUGGAGCGUAACGAUAGUCGGUGUGCAUAGUCAAGUCUGUACAGGGAGUUUCGAGAAGAAAGAAUGUUGUGUUUGAGGCGGUAACUUGUUAAUGAUUGGCUAUAACGGG